UUCUUUUGACUUUAGUAAAUGCUAUUCGGAUGACCAGUUUUCCUUUUUUGCCGUCUUGAGAUUCCAACAGUCGCUUGGAAGAAACGGAAAUUGGUGGUCUGCAAGUCGAGUGGAAGCUUCCUUGGAACACCAAGUUGCCCUCCUUCCUUCAAUACUACCGCCACCACUCGCUCUUCGUCAAAAUUUCUCAGGUGGCACUUAGUGGAGGGGGGAGCAUUUGUUGGAUGCUUGCUCUAUGACGGAGGAUGCAAAUCUCUGCCGCUCGAAGGCGACGAUUUGUUCUGAUAAUCACAGCGCUGUUGCGAAAUCAAAGAAUGUAGGAUCCCACAAACGGAGUAUUCCUGGCCCGGUGUCGAAAGCUGUCCAGCGAUGGAUUCUUCAAGUCCAAUCCAGCAUUCCGGGGAGCAUUGAAAUCGACCGCAUUGAUCCCCUCCCCUUGGUCAACGCUUUAUCAAGAUAUACCGUAUAUGGCUCGUUGCUGUCGGUUCGGCCAGGUCUAUUCGAAACAGGUGCCUGGGGGGAGCUCUUCAACGCGCAUCAGUCGGUGACUGCCUCAUCCUUUUAUCGCAUAUUAGCGGAGGAGCUCAGGGUUACUCACAUUGCCUAUAACGGCACCAUUCCAGCGACUCAAUCGAAGUAUGGUGAAGAAGAGGCUUCGAAUGACUUUGGUUCCGGACUCGAUCAAUCGCAAGCAACCCUUCUUCGCAUACCUGCGAAAAUCCAGCCUUUAUAUGGCUACUUCGGACCACUAGAGGACAAUACAACCGCAAACACUGACAGGAUCCGCACGUGGCCAAAUCAUAAGGCCCUCCCGCAGACCUUCUUCGCCACAGUGCAGCAGUUUGGGAUAUCUUACGUCUUCCCUCCAAUCCACUGCAUGUUCUCGCGGGGGAACACACGAGAGAAGGAAAGACUCCUCAAUCUCCCGGCCAUUCAAUCCGCUGUCCACGAAGGUCAAGCUGCUGGAACCGGAUGCGCAGCUGUCGAUCUUUACGCUGGAAUCGGCUACUUCUCAUUCUGCUAUGCCAAAGCUGGUGUGGAUACGAUCCUCGCCUGGGAAGUGAACGGCUGGUCAGUGGAAGCGUUUAGACGUGGUGCGGUCCAAAACAAAUGGGAAUGCAAGAUUAUCUCGCUAUCCGACGACGACCCCGUGCUUGAGGAGUGGCGUGUUCAAGAUCAUGAAGAUGAGAAGCAAAGCUCGGCACCAAGGCUCGUCAUGUUCCACCAAUCGAAUGAAUAUGCCGCCGACGAACUGGAAAGAACUCGACACAUGUGGCCACCGAUACGGCAUGUCAACUGUGGCUACCUGCCAUCCUCCGGGCCGUCAUGGUCGGCUGCGGUCAAAGCACUGGAUCCAAAAUUAGGAGGAUGGCUUCAUCUCCACGAGAAUGUGAAGCAGUCCGACAUCGAGGCUAAAGCGCGGGAUGUGGUUGUCGAAAUACGGAAGCUGUUCGAUGCCAUCAAGGCCCAAAGGGGUUCAAUCUCUAGUGAGCGAGAGCGAUCGGAUGUGCAGCUGGAGCACAUUGAAAGGGUCAAGUCAUUUGCCCCUGGGAUCUACCAUUGUGUUUUUGAUAUCUGGGUUUCAGGGACGUAGACAUGACUGCUUGAUGAACUAGUCUAGACACAAUAAACUAAGUUACUCGUUUUAGACUUCGGCAAGUCAUGAUUGGAAAACGGUAGUGAGGGUGGGGUUUGGACCUAGGCCUCAUAUAUUAAUAAAAAGAAAGGA